AUGUUUGAAAUAGUUCCCAAAGAUAAUUGGCUUCAAGAAAUAAUUUCAUUGCCACUUCAUACUCAAGAAUCACUUUUCUCCCUGCAAUCAAGCAGUCUAAGAAGAAUCCAAAACCUUGAACCCUCUUUCAUCUUCUUAAACUACCCAGAUAUGUUGGGGUCCUUGUUACUAUCAAGAUUAUGUCAGAUUAUAGCACUGGAAACUCUGUGUUACCAAACAUGCUCAGGGCUAAGAUUUAGAACUGCAGGAUCAAGCAGGAGACCACAUAUGUCACAGUAUCACAAUUUCAUGGAGGUUAAUUAUUCUGAGGAUUCUUUGGAAUGUGAACACUUCACACAAGGUCCUUGUUCAUCAGAAUCAAAUAAUUAUGGCUUACAGAAAAACUCAAACCAUAAUCCAGGAAUGAGCAUGAAACUGAAAGACAACAGUAAAUGUCCAACAAGCAGAGAACAGCACACCACAUCUCCUUCUACAAUAUACCAGGUAUCCCUUGGAAUGGAGAAUGAAAAAGGCCCAGAGAAAAUGCAAGGCUCAAUCCCUCUUGAAAACAUUCCUAUUGAGGAUAAUCAUAGUACAUAUGAAAUGAGCGGAACCCCACUGAACUUUAUGCUUAGUCAAGAUAGCAAAAUCAUGAACCACCCACAAGAUAAAAGAAAAAGAACCCCUCUACCUAAGCAAAAUAUUGCUGUAGGUCAAGAUGUGUACUCUACCCAAAAUUCUGAAUCAAAGAGAAGGAAGGAAGAAUUUAUAAAGACUUUUGGUACACAAGGGAGAGUCUCAAUGUCUCACCCUGAUAGUACUGUGGAGUGGUUGAAAGAUUCAGGUGUUGUUUUGGCUGGAGACAAUGGAAUAAGUAAAAGUAAUCUUAUUGAAAAUUCACCACACACUCCAUUUAGCAAAAGUCUUGUUGAAAUACAAAAAAGAUUUGGAAUAUCUGAAAGUGAAAGCAGUGUGUCAAACAUUUCAAACACUCGCAGGUCAGGUCAUUAUCUUGUUCUUCUGCAAAAAAUUGGAAUUAUCAAUGCAAAUAGGUCACCAACACUUUGUUAUGAGAUAUAUGAUUUCUUUUGUGGAAUAUACAAGAAUAUCACAGGAAAAAACAAAUGUAGUCAGCAAGAAAUUGAUGCUAUAAAGCUAGCUGCAAAACACGGAGGGUACACAAUUGUUAUGUCAUUUCUUGGUGUCUUGAGAGUUUUUGAGGGUCAACAAUUAGGAAAAGAGGAUAUGGAAGUCCUACUAAAUGAUGGUUGGAGCUUCAUGAAAGAUUUCUAUAGCAGCUGGAAGACAGCAGAUCUUGAAGACUUUGCUUUUGGAAAACUUUACAGAUACUCCUCAGAUGGUGCCUUGGAUCCUGGAUUUCACUUGAGAUACUUGAAAAAAAUUAAUGACAGCAGCAAUGUCCCAUUUUCAUUGGUUCAUGCAUUAUCACUAUUCUGGUCCAAAGCUAAAGGACAAUCAAAAGUACCCCAAGAUUUUGAUUAUUGGCAGGAAUCGAUUGAUAUAUUUGAAAAUGAUUCUAAGUCAAUUCAAGGUGGACUUUAUGAGAGGAUGGGAAUCAAGAACUAUGCAUUCUGGGGUCCAGAGCAAUUCUCAAGGAAAAAUUGGUACUCAUAUGGAGAAGCAAGCAUGGAAUCAGACAGAAUAUGGCACUUGGCUUCAAAUGCUGCACAGUUUCAUACACCUCUUGGUCAAAAUAUGUGUAAAGAAUUACAUAGCUUUUUUGAGGAUCUAAUCCAAAGACUAAAGAUCUCAUAUAAUAGUCUCAAUGAUCCUCAUCCUUCCCUGAAACUCUCAGUUCAAUCACACAAGACGUUGAGUGAAAUCAAUGCAAACAAUCUUGACCUGAUUUUCAAAGCUGUUGGCAUGGCAGAGUACAGAGUGGUAGUACCUUUCAUUGGGAUCAUAAGGAUUUUGAAUCGAAGGAACUUGACAGUUGAGCAACUUCAAAAGCUGAUGGAGAAUGCAAUAAAAUUUCUCAAGGACACAUUUGGCAAAUGGGAACAUCUUGAUUUUCAUCCCAAGAAUAUCCAACAUCUCUUCAAAUAUAAAAAAAAUAUGUUCACCCCCCAGAAUAAGCUGGAUGAUCCUGGUCAAAUGUUCCAGACCCUGUUUGGAUUUAGUGACAAGAAUAGGUUUCCUAGUCGGGCUAUCCUAACUCUUUUAAGGUCAUGGCACUCCUUGGCCAUCAAAGGUGAUCCAAGUUCACCAAAUUAUAUUCAAUUCCCAAUUGAGAAGAUACCUUCUGGUACAUUUCUUGAGUGGAAUUCACAAGUCAUGAAGAUCUUAAAGGAUAAUAAUUCCAUAGAUAUCUAUUAG